AUGCAAAUUGUACAAGGACUGAAAAACAUGAUAAAAGCAAAAUAUAAUUGUAAAAUGGUGCUUAAAUUCACUAUGGAAUUCAAGGCAAGUGCAACAGACAACAAUUUGAUGAAUCAAGAAUUAUCAGAUGUUAUUGAGGAGAUAUUGGAUUGUGGGGAUCUGAUUAAGGCAAAAAAAGAAAGGUUGUUGGAGUUAAAACAGUAUCAUAGUGAAAUAACCACAAAAAUCAAAGAAAAAUCAAAUGUGAAAUAUUUUACAAGUAAUCCAAAUGAAAUAUCUGGUUGA